GAUGAACUAACUUCUAAUUGGCUCUCUUACAGAAAAAAUUGCAGCUCAUUUAUACAGAUUUAUUUAAAAUUUAAUCAAUGGCUAUUCAAUUGAAUGUAAGGUUUAAGCUAGUCAUGAUAUUCUUUUUUGCCCAAAGCCAUAGUCACUUGGUUUUCCCUCCAGGUUCAGAUGUGGGAUACAUAGUUCCUGAUGCUGAAGAACAGCAAAGCCUACAAGGAAAAACAGAUUACCCUGAUGUUCCUCACAAUGAACUGGCUGAAGAUCAAGUUAUUCUUCACACCAGACAAACUAGAGAAGACAGUGAGAGUGGAGGCAAAAGCAGCAGCUAUUCCGACCUGUGGUAUCCUCACCGCAUCGUAGACGCAGGAUUACCUAUUCAACACCAAACAGACGUGUCAAACACUGUGCCGGAGAGUCUGCUGGACGACAAACAUGGAGUCAAGAUGGGGGUCAAAGAUGUGCAUUGUGAUGAUGGACAGUACGAGGAGCGCGUUCCGUCCUACGGCGACCACCGCCCCAUCUGGCCCGCCUUCGGCGAGUACAAGUUCGUCCCGCCACAGCGCUGGCUCCACAACAUCGAGCACGGGGCCGUGGUGAUGCUGUACCAUCCCUGCACCCAACCUCACCUCGUGGCCCAGCUGCGCACCCUGGUGACGGGGUGUCUGUACAAGCACGUUAUCACCCCCUACACACCCCUCACCCCUGCUAAGCCGCUGGCGCUGGUGGCGUGGGGCUGUCGCAUGGAGAUGGCGUACGUGGACGCCACGCAAGUCAAGGACUUCAUCCGCAGUCACGCCCUUAAAGGACCUGAAGGAAUCCUUCGUAAGCAAGGCCUCUACACUGAAGGACUCGUCCAGGCCAGCCACGUUCCUGAAGGACACUCUGAUGAAGGCCUUGAGCUAUGUCCCCAGUGAAUAUUGGCUGGUGAUCUUUGGACGAAAUAUUGGCUAUUGAUCUUUGGACGAAAUAUUGGCUUGUGAUCUUUGAACGAAAUAUUGGCUUGUGAUCUUUGGACGAAAUAUUGGCUUGUGAUCUUUGAACGAAAUAUUGGCUUGUGAUCUUUGGACGAAAUAUUGGCUUGUGAUCUUUGGAGCGAAAAAUUGGUCUUGCGAUCGGAAUGAAACAGAGUUCAUUAUAUCUUAUCUCGCUGUUAUACCUAGCAGUUGCAUUGCAUGAAUAACUAUAAUACACUAAUUACUUUGGUCUCUCUAUUGUAUUGAGUGACUUGCAUUGAAUGUAUGUUGCUUUAAGUGGUAUGGCGCUAUUUUAUUUAUUUCUUAUAUAAUUUAUUGACGGCAGCAAUAAAGCGAAUAUUUAGGCUACAUGUGUGAGCUGCCGUGCAAUGUCUGAUGAUGCUGUGCGAUAUUCUUAAUAAUUGCGUAAAUGUCUCAUUACAAAUAAUUGCAUUAACGUCUUAUUAGAAGGAAUCUCAUUACUAAAGGUACGAGUUCUACGUGUAAAUUCGCCAACUUCGUCAUUAAAAGGAAUCUCAUUACUCAAGGUACGAUUUCUAUUUGGCAUAAAUAUGCCGAUAUGUGGUGAUUAUCAUACCAAUUUCCAUUAUCCAGUCACAAGAAAUUCAUUCAUGAGAUUAAUAUUUAAUAUAAUUUGCAUUUCUUAUGUUAAAGAACUGGUUAAUCUCUCCCAGCUAAUUUGAUAAUUGCCUCGACUAAUAAUAAAUUUAUAAUUGCUGCGAUUAUAGUCAUUUACGGUUUGUUAUUCGUAUUCUACCUUAAAUAAAUUUAGUGGUGAUUAAAACCAUCUUAGAUGUCUUAACAUGUCAUUGCUUAGAGGAAGCUACGGCCUUGCAUGCCUACCAUUCCUGCAUGGAGAGGUAUGGAGACAGUCUCAUCUGUACAGCCUAAAGCUUACUCCACAUUCCUGCAUGGAGAGGUAUGGAGACAGUCUCCUCUGUACAGCCUAAAGCUUACUCCACAUUCCUGCAUGGAGAGGUAUGGAGACAGUCUCAUCUGUACAGCCUAAAGCUUACUCCACAUUCCUCUCACGUUUAUAAAUUUUAGUAUUUUAAUAAAAUUACUGACAUUAUCGUAGAAUUUAUCUAAGUUUAUAUUGUUUUAUCUUUACAUUGUUCAAUUUUUACGAUCUAAGGAAGGACUUGUUUAUUAUAUUUUGUUUGUGACUCACUCGCGAGUCUUCUUAAUCCUAUAGGAGUCCAGGCGUCAGGCAUGAUUCUUUUGUAAUUCAUGUAAUUCAUGACAAAUGUAAUUCAUGUUGAUUUCUUCUUGUUUUAUAAAGAAAAUCUUUGCAGUAAUGUAAGAUGAUGAACCUGCAAGGUAUCUACACCAGCUACAGUCGAGUUUAUUCUCACUAGCGUUGAAUUUUUUCCUUUUUUGCCGUUUUCUAUGAAUCUCUUCUUGAUGUGCUUAAGAUUUCGUUCACCAUCCGUUAUUUGUAAGCAGUUUUACGUUGAUAUUACGUGUUUUCAUCACUACCUCUAUAGUAAUUCAUAUUUUCGCUAGGAACUUUGCAACUCGUGUUAAAUUUGCACCCUAUAGUGGCAUCAAGAUUGAUUGAUUCGUGUUGAAUGAUUGAGAAAUAAAUGAUGAAUACUUUGAGAACUUGAUGGUGCAUUCGUCUUGCCAUACCUGCUUUGUGACGGUGUAAGCUGGUUUUAUAGGUACACUAUUGCAGCUCACUAUACCUGCCCUCCGCUACACUAUUGCAGCUCACUAUACCUGCCCCCCGCUACACUAUUGCAGCUCACUAUACCUGCCCCCCGCUACACUAUUGCAGCUCACUAUACCUGCCCCCCGCUACACUAUUGCAGCUCACUAUACCUGCCCCCCGCUACACUAUUGCAGCUCACUAUACCUGCCCCCCGCUACACUAUUAUAAAUGACAGAUUUACUGCAGUGUUUUAAGUCACAUUUUACAUUAAUUAAUCAUUUCGAACUUAAUCAGCUGAGCGCGGUAGCCGUUUAUGUGCCAGAAAUUUAGCAGAGAGUUUAGUACAAAUGAAAAAACCUGCACUGAACUUUGAACAAGUAAAAUACUCUGUAGAACCAAGGAUUUUGAAGUAUGUGGAACACGAAAAGUUAUGAGCAACCAAACUGAAGUCAUUUUCUAGAAGACGAUUGCCACGAUUGCGAUAGUAAUAUCAGCAGUGCAUUAUAAUAUAACCUCUACGUAAGAUAUUCAUGUGUUUGAUUUUGCUUUCACAUAGUAAUUGACCUAAAAUGUUGAUGUGUGAAAAAGGUAAAAUGUUAAUAUUUGAUAGAGUAAAAAGUUAAAUAGUUUGAAAAUAUUAGUUAAUAUGUGGACAAUUCUCGCCAAAUGUAGUAACAGCAGCGUAAAAAAUCAUAAUAGCUAUGCAGAUUAGAGGUAACCUCUGCCUAAAUUUCUUCGUUUUUUUUAUGAUUUAUCUUAUUUAAAAAUUGAAGUCUGAAUUAUAGGUUGUUGGGUGGAUCUGAUUUCAAAACAACUAUUUCUUAUGUAGCAUGUUUGUUUAGGCUUCUCUUAAUGCUGUAAUAGGAGGUGUCGUCAGGAGCUAAUGUCAUUCUGUAGACAGAACGUUUAUAGACCGACGACAUUACGCAACCUUUGAAUUUGCUUUCGUUUCGUUAAGUAUAUUUACUCGGACCUUUUCGAAAUUUACCCCAGUUCCUCCAAUAAUUCGGUUAGCUAAUUUAGUUUGAUGUAUUUAUUUUGUAUGUUAUACUCUUGAACCAUAUUGUUGCAUACCACGUUAACCUGUUUAUCUCGUAUUACAAAAUUGUCGUGUUUUUAUGUGCAGAAACUCACCUUCAAUAAACCUGAUAAAAGUGUCGAA